GUUAAUUUGUUAGAUCAUUAUCUUAUAAUUGCUUUGCUGUUUUUGUUUCCUGCUCACAUGUUGAUCGAUUGGAUGCAUCAUUCCCUUAAUUGUUGAUCUCAGUUUGGGGUAGUCAGAUUAUAUUUUAGUUGAACUUGAAUGGCUUGCAUGAAUUGAAUAUGUAUUGCUUGAUAGAUCAUGAAACUGAUGGUUAGGAAAUUAUUUCUUGGAGUAAAAAGAAACUGUGAGUGUAAGGGCAGCAGUCUGGUAGGUGAAAUCCCUCAUAGUUUCGUUGCUUUUGACUUUUACUGGUGUUGGAAAUUGAGUCUGAAAUUUCUGGUAUGAUGAUUGAGUGUAAUUUGCUUGCUGUCGCUGUUCUGGAAACUGUUUGGUUGGUUGCAGUAGUGUAGAAUUAUGUGUACCUUGGUGGGUUAAGACUUGUCAGGUAUGUCUGUGAAUAAAGGGAGUUGUAGUUUCAUGAUCAAUGUUACUUGCAAUCAAUACAUGAUCAAUGCACUGUUUCAUUGAAAUAAAAUUCUGGUUUAUUUAAGUAUGUGAAUUAUAGCUGAUUGAAUACUUGAGCGUGUUUUGAUCAAUGUCCUUGACAGGAGUGAAACAGUUUUGGGAUUUAAGAUAAUUGGAGUAUGUUAUGAUGUUUUCUAUUGUGUAGAGACUGGUUAUUUAUGCUAGUGGCCUUUUUGCCUAAAGUGAUGGAAGGAGAGUUGGGUGUUGGAAUAAAUUGAUUGAGUUUGUUUUUUUGUAAUUACCUAUGUUCUUGCCUUUAAUUCCUUGCUCGUGAAUGUAAUGUUGUGAUGGUAUGUGUUUCAUAUGUGAUGGAUGGAAAGUGCGUGUAAUUUUUUAUUGUUAUAACUGAUGCUUUAGAAAGAAAGUUGGGCUGAUUAGUGGUGAGCGUUGUGUGCUCAAUGUAGAUCCAUUAUAUUGUUUGUUUUCUUUGUUCAAGCAUGGAUUGGAAGCUGGCACAGGUUGUGAAAUCUGAUGCGUGUUUUGAAUAAGAGUAGAUGUCUGAAAAUAUUUUCUUGCGUAGUGGUAUUUGUUGGAAUUACUUUAUUGUAGAGGCAACUCUCUGGAUUAAUGUUGUUGGUGCAGUGAUAUUUUAUGGUUAAAAGCAGUUUCGGUAUAGUAAUCUAUGCUUUAAGUCUUGAAGGUGCAGUGUUGUUUUGAGUAUAAGUUGGGGUGUUUUCGGUGAUCUUUGUUAUGUGCAGCAUUAAAAGUAUAGUUGGAGUAUAAAUGUGUUGGUUGCUUUCGGUGCUUGGUGCCUUUAAUCCCAUUCAGUUUUCUUUUCAUUGGAUAAGUAUUUCAUGCCGUAUUGCUGUCGUGCCUAUUGUAUUCUAUGCGGUGCAUUAUAAUUAUAUUUUGUUAGGCCAUUAAACUUUUGUUCAAAAAUAAUUGGGUGCAUAUCGCAAAUACUAGUGUCAUGAACUUAAUUUUUUUUUUCCAUUAAGAUCCUUGUUUUGGAUUUAUUUUAAAGGAAAACUGUUGCUUGUUCUUUGUUGAGAUGGAUGCGGGAACCAAUUUUUUUAGUGUGUGAAAGUAGUGUUCUAAUAUUAUAUAUAUUACGUGAAAUUGGUGCAGAAUUUUGGUAAUUGGCUAUGUGAAAGUAGUUUUAUAGUAUUAUAUAUAUCAUGUGAAAAGAACAUAUGGGUUGUGUCUGAGUUGCAUUUCUACUACUAUGGUUCAGUGCUGUUAUAAAUUUUUGAUGCUAUGAGUACAGUGUUUGGUCUGUAGGGGGCAUCAAUACAUGUUUUGUACUGUCCAAAAAAAUGAACAGAGGUAACUAGAUAAGUGUACAUCUGUAACCACUUCUUUGGAUGCAUGAAUGUGUUGCUUUGGUGACUAUUAAAAGAGUGGAGGGGUGAACUUUGUAUACGAGUCUUCUUUAAAAUAGUGGUGUUGACAUAGCAGUAUUCAAAGAAAUAUAAGGAUACAAUCUUUGUUGUGUAGAAAGAACCUUAGUCCUUACCUGCCUGCAAGAGAGAUAAAGAUGCGAAGAUAUUUGAAACGUAGAGAAGCUUUGAUUGCAAACCCCAAAUACCAACUUCGCUUGCCUCACACUCAAAAUAACUGCCAUUCUCAAAACAUCAACAACCACCCUCGUGGUCUUCAUGACCUCGUUUGUCUCUACUUGGCACGUAAUCAAAUUGAACUCGCUCGUCACUUGUUUCACCAAAUUCCAAACCCAAAUGUUGUUUUGUGGAACAUGAUGAUCCGAGCUUAUGCAUGGACUGGCCCCUUUCAUCAAUCCAUUCAUCUGUACCAUCGCAUGUUGCAACUAGGCGUUACACCCAACAACUUCACAUUCCCUUUUCUUCUUAAAGCCUGUUCAGCUCUCCAAGCAAUUGAACUUGGGAGACAAAUACAUGACCAUGUCCUCACACUUGGCCUACAGGCUGAUCUCUACGUUUCCACUGCCUUGCUUGACAUGUAUGCCAAAUGUGGCAAUUAUUUUGAAGCACGCACAAUAUUUGACAAUUUGUCCCACAGGGAUAUUGUCUCAUGGAAUGCAAUCAUUGCUGGCUUUUCAUUUCAUGCUUUUCACUAUCAAACAAUUCACUUAGUUGUCCAAAUGCAGUUAGCUGGAAUAUCACCGAAUUCUUCCACUAUUGUAUCUAUUUUACCCACAAUUGGACAAGCUAAUGCCUUAUGCCAGGGGAAGACUGUUCAUGCUUACUCUAUAAGAAAGAUCUUCAGUCAUGAUGUGGUUGUUGCAACUGGGCUAUUGGAUAUGUAUGCUAAGUGCCACCACUUAUCUUAUGCCCAGAAGAUCUUCAAUGCCCUGAACCAAAAGAACGAGAUAUGCUGGAGUGCUAUGAUUGGGGGAUAUGUCAUUUGUGACUCCAUGAGAGAUGCUUUGGCCCUUUAUGAUGACAUGGUGUAUAUGCAUGGCUUAAAUCCUACACCUGUCAUUCUUGCAAGCACACUUCGAGCAUGUGCAAAUCUCACUGAUCUGAAUAAGGGGAAAAACUUGCAUUGUUACAUGAUUAAAUCAGGGAUUAAUUCAGACACAACAGUGGGAAACUCACUNAUAUCAAUGUACGCCAAGUGUGGGAUCAUGGAUGAUGCACUUGGAUUUCUUGAUGAGAUGAUCAUAAAAGACUCGGUUUCUUAUAGUGCUAUCAUUUCAGGAUUUGUGCAAAAUGGCUAUGCAGAAAAAGUUGUACUUAUUUUUCGCAAGAUGCAGUUAUCGGGGACCGACCCAGAUUCUGCAACCAUGAUAGGUUUGCUUCCAGCUUGUUCCCAUUUGGCCGCUGUACAACAUGGGAUCUGNUGCCAUGGAUACUCAGUCGUUAGAGGCUUCACUGCAAAUACCUCCAUUUGUAAUGCCAUCAUUGACAUGUAUGCAAAGUGUGGAAGGAUUCAUAUCAGUCGGCAAGUCUUUGAUAGAAUGAAAAAGAGGGAUAUUGUUUCGUGGAAUACAAUGAUAAUUGGUUAUGGCAUUCAUGGGCUAUACAUAGAAGCAUUUUCAUUGUUUAANGAAUUACUAGCAUCAGGCAUGAAGCCAGAUGAUGUGACCCUUAUUGCUGUUUUAUCUGCAUGUAGCCAUUCAGGACUUGUGACGGAAGGGAAAUAUUGGUUUAAUAGCAUGAGCCAAGAACUCAACAUCUCACCAAGAAUGGCACAUUAUAUAUGCAUGGUUGACCUCCUGGCCCGAGCAGGAAAUCUGGAUGAAGCGUACUCCUUUAUUCAAAAGAUGCCAAUUGAGCCUGAUGUUCGUGUAUGGAGUGCAUUGCUCUCUGCAUGUAGGACCCGCAAUAAUGUUGAAAUAGGUGAACAGGUGUCAAAGAAGAUACAGAUGUUGGGACCUGAGGGUACUGGAAAUUUUGUUCUUAUGUCUAACAUCUAUAGUUCCGUGGGCAGAUGGGACGAUGCAGCACAUAUUAGAAACCUACAGAAGCAUCAAGGUUACAAGAAAAGCCCAGGAUGCAGUUGGAUUGAGAUCUCCGGUGUAAUCCAUGGAUUUAUUGGGGGUGAUAGAUCUCAUCCACAGUCAGUAUCCAUAAAUAACAAGUUACAAGAAUUGUUGGUGCAGAUGAAAAGAAUGGGAUAUCAGGCAGAUUCUGGUUUUGUUUUCCAUGAUGUUGAAGAAGAGGAGAAGGAACAAAUUCUCCUUUAUCAUAGUGAAAAAAUAGCCAUUGCGUUUGGAAUUCUUAAUACCAGUCCCAGCAACCCCAUUCUAGUUACAAAAAAUUUGCGUAUAUGUGUUGACUGCCAUAAUGCAAUAAAGUUAAUGACUCUUAUAACACAGAGGAGGAUAACAGUAAGAGAUGCAAGUCGAUUUCAUCAUUUUGAGAAUGGAAUCUGCAAUUGUCGGGAUUUCUGGUGAGAGAAAGAAAAGGUGGAGUUGCAGGUCUGUGUUAGAAUCAUCUAUUGCCACAAGUUCAUCCUGCACCCUUUGCUGCUUGAACCAGUUCAUUAGCAUGGAAGAUCAGGUGUGUUUUUAUGAGAAAAGUGUAUACUCUCAAUCCAGAGGAGAGAAAAUGCAUUUGUUUAAAAAACAAUUACAACCACGGUUUACAUUUAGCAUCUGCUAACCAGUAACGAAGUGAGCAAAGGUUCUAGUGGAGGGACAAGGAAACAUGAAUGGCUACUGAAAAGAAUAGAAACAAUAAAGAUGGAACGGCCACAGCAAGUUCGUAUUUGUUCUUCAACAUUUGGUGGAGUUUGGACUAGAUCAAAUUUCUUUGAGAAUUGAAUAUCAUUUCCAAGGUGGUACACUUUUUCUAUUUGAUAGAAAGGCUUUGAGGUACUUUGGAAAAUAUGGAUAUAAUAAUUGGAGAAAGAAAAAGGAUGGAAAGACUGUGAAAGAAGCUCAUUAAGAGUUGAAGAUUGGGCCUUGGUCAAGUGGGCUAAUUCUUUUGUCAACAGAAGCUGAUUGGGUUGCCGGCUGGGUUGGUGCUGACUGGGAGCAAUUUGGGCCGCCGAAACUGAUUUUGGGUCGAUGUGCUGCUGAUUUGGGUCCAUCUAAAUUGGAAUUAAGUGUUUUGGAACAUUGGGCCAUUGGGCUAUUUUGACCAAAAAUGGAUUUGGGUACCUUUAGUGGGACGGUGCCGUUUUGGAGGCUGGCAGAUGCAGUUGCUUUUGGGGGUUUUGGUUCGCACAUUUCAUUUGAAGAAAACACUCUUCCAAGCAAAGGUAAAAAUGAGAUAAAAGCACUCCUUCAUAUUAGGUUCCAGCGAGAGAGAAAGAGAAAGGGAACCCAUGUGCUAGGGUUUAAGUGGGCUGGAGCGAGAAGAAGAAUGAAGCUCGUGAGCGUGACCAAAGGAGCUUGAACGUGCACAUGAGUUUGAAUCGGCACAGAGGAUGGAGAUGAUCGGAUGGUUGGAGAUUGAGCUCGCAAAGAAAGAACGGAGACCGUCCGAUGGGAAGCACGAAGCGUUCAAAGCUGCCAAGGAUAAGAACAAUAGAUGCUGUCAUUAUUACUCAUUCACAUGCUGACGCAAUUGGAGGUCUGACAUGAUCUUUAAUAAUAUUCUUUGGAUAAUUAAUAUCAAUACGACAUGUAUAUGCUUGGCUAAAGUAAUAACAAAUGUAAUUGGUAAUAAACUCUGCUUCUUUCUUAUACCCAGGUCUUGAUGAUCUCAGAGAUUGGACAAACAAUGUUCAGCCUCAUAUUCCAAUAUAUGUAACCAAACGAGACUUUGAGGUGAAGUAUAUCCAAGUAUCUUCAAUUUGAAGACUACUGAAAAAUGCAGGUGAUGACAAAGAGCCAUUAUUAUUUAGUAGAUACUAGUGUGAUUUUACCUGGUGCCAAAGUCUCAGUCGCAAUUCAAAAUCAUAUCGGAAUCAUUUUUUGUACACGGACCGAAGGUCAGUACCAUUAUUAGUCUUAAUAUCUUCAAGUGGGGUGUUCUCGUAGUUUGUCCCUUGUCAACUUUUUUUUUUCUCACUUAUUGUUCAAUCAAUUAAUUUCUGGUGUGUUCCUUCAUGUGGACGGGGCUUGACUCUAUUAUUUUUUUCCUUCUAUUAUUGUACUUCAGAUUACCCCAUUACCAGUUUGGCAUGGCCAGAAUUAUCGGUCCCUUGGUUUUCGUUUUGGUAAUAUCUAUUACAUUAGGUAAUUUUCUACUUAAGUAGAAACAUUAAGUAGAAACAUUACCUUAAGUAGAAAAGUAUUUGCAUAUGAAUCCUUUAGUCAAGGUUCAUAACAUAUGUAUUAUUCUGUAAAGCAUAGAUGAACAGAAAUAACAAGUAUUCCCCCAAAGGAAGCCUCCCUUCCUUCACUAGAAAAUGAUCCAGUCUCUACCUGAAAGUUAUUGCCUGGGAGUGCCCGGACUUUGCUUUUUAGUAUGGGUUCAAAUCUCCUACUGCGACCACCUUGUGUCCAGGAUUUAUUAUUAUAUCUCAUCGAAGAUGGUUGCAAUCUGAAGAUAUUAUACUGGUUAAAUUUUUACUUGAUGUUAUCGAUUGCUCUCAUGGUGUGCCAUUUUGGAUGCCUCAUUCAAUUUGUAAAGAAAAAUCUACUGGGAUUAAUAUGAGAUUUUCCACAGAAAGAAGUUCCAGUGAAUUACAGACAGUGGCUUUUCAGAUGAUCAGUGAAGCAAGCUCAAGAGCUGGGUCAUCCUUCCCUGUUGACAUUUGGAGAUCAAUUCUUAAGCUAUAUGAUAAUUCUGCAUUUCAUUUUGUAAAACUAUUAGUUGUAGGAUUUUUUUGAACUAGUCUCUUUUGAAACAGGUGUUCAGGAAAACAAUGGACGUCUUGGCAUUAAAGCCCCCUGUUGUGGAAGAUAGUGCUAUGUCCAGGUUUCACGAAUCUUUUCUGUGCUGUUUCGGAUCAUGUAAGUGAAGUCUCAUCGGUUCAUCUUGCUUUAUUCUUAAGUCUUCAAAGAUGAUUUUCAGCCAUAGUAGUUCACAUAUUCCUUUUGUCAUUGUCCUCAACUCUGCUCAAACACGGGAUCUUAUUGUAUUUUGUUUUUUAUUCUUCUAAGUUACCAGAUUCCCACCAAGGAAACUACAAUAUCUAGUAGUUGAUCUUUGAUCCACAAUUGACAAAAGAUAGUUAGCAUUUGCAUAUACUACUACUAGAUUUACAUUUACAUUUCCAUUUCGUUUGAACAAAAUUCCCUUGUCCAAAGUCUCUUUUAGAUAUUGCACAAUUCUUAAUGCAGUCAUAAGUGAAUCUCCUUCGGUUGAUGCAUGAGCUGGCUAACUAGACUCAAUGCAAAUGUAACAUCAGGUCUAGUGUGAGACAAAUGAGUUUGCCAACUAAUUUGUGGUAGAUUUCCUUGUCAACGACAGUGUCUUUUACAUAAAUUUGAAUGAAUUGUAUGAAGAUGUAAGUUUUAAAAAUUAAUCUUUUACAUAAUAACUCCAAUCUCAUAGGUCUAAAUAAAAAAUAGAAAUAUAUGAAGUCAAAUUUGAUUCUUCCAUGAUUCAUAUAUUUUUCACUAAUGAUUUUAUUUCACAUAAAAUUCACAAAUAAUUAUUAGUAAGUAGCGGGUACUUGUAGUUUGGAUACCUUGAUACUUGUACCUGCACCAUCAAAAUUAAAAGUACCCAUUUAAUAUUUGUCAUAGAUUUUACUUGCGGAUAUACAUAUACAAAUUCUUUUGCCAUCCCUAGUUGAUUGUCAAGAUGUUACUCGCUCAACAGUCCAGACAUCACAAUUUGAGUGUGAGUUGACCUACAUGUGUGUCUAUAUCUAUAUAUAUAUAUAUGAAUUCUGGAAGUGUCUGUAAGUAUUUGUAUCUCUGUGUUUUGGACAUAGAUAUGUUAGUUCAAAUGAUGUAUCUGAUCAUCGAAGGAACUAAUGAUCUUGUCUAGUUCAAGUGUAGUUCAACUAGUACAAGCCUAGCACAAUAACAUUAUUAAUAUUGUAAUCAUCUCAACAUUGUAGUGUUCCACUUAGUUUGGUA